AUGUCCUCGCAGGAUUCGAAGCCUCAAGAGGCUCAGCAGAAGCAUGAUGCCGAGUCGGCCGUGAAGAGAAACCCUCAUGGCGACUUUGGCAAAGUACAGGCAUCCCGACCCGACUGGGACGAAUCGAAACAGUGGCAGUACAGCAAAACCCGAGAACCCAGUUGGACCUAUGGCUCAGGAGCCACGGACAAGUCGGGCGCUUCGAAAGCACACAUAUCAAUCGAUCCCUACGCGGAGGGAAGGCCACCAGUCCUCAAUUACAAACUGCUCAUCUCUGGCAUCGUUCCACGGCCCAUUGGAUUCUUGUCGACCCGAUCUCCAGAUGGCUCGUCCACAAACCUGGCACCGUUUAGCUACACCCAAGUCUUCAACCACGACCCUCCCGUCUUCGGUGUAGGCUUUAGCGGAGGGUUCGACAACGCCAAAGACACGCUGAAGAAUUUAUUAGACACCGGUGAGUGUGUCAUUAACAUCAUUUCUGACCACUACGUCGAGGCAGCCAACGCCUGUGCCAUCGACCUUCCAUAUGGCCUGUCGGAGUGGGCGGUCUCGGGCCUGACUCCGGCCGACAGCAAGGUAGUGGCGCCUUCUCGAGUCAAGGAGGCGGUCUUUAGUAUCGAGGGCAAGUUGAUGAACACGCAAGAGUUCGAAUCCAGAGCCACGCCGGGUAAGAAGACCGGUGUUCUGGCAGUCAUAGAAGGAGUUCAAUUCUGGGUGAGGGAGGACGCCAUCAAUGAGGACCGAAGUGUGAUUGCCCCGGAGAUCCUGAGGCCGGUUUCCCGGUUAGGAGGAAUCACCUACGCGAGGGUCCUAGAUGGGUUUGAGAUACCUAGGCCCGUGUUGGGGCAAGUUCGAAAGGAGGGCGAUAUCAAGGAUGAACUGCUCAAGCCCAAGGUGGAAGGACAAUGA